ACUUCACAGUACAAAUCUGUCAUAUAAUGCUCCUAAUUAUGUGGAAACUUUUCCUGACCAAUCACAGAUUGUUACCACAAGUACAGGUCAGAAAGGGGGUAAAAUGUUUCAAAGUGGUAAAGAGUUCCCAAAAAGAACAAAACUUUCUACACACCUAACAAUUCAAACAGGAGAAAAGUCAUACUCCUGUUCAGAAUGUGGACAAUGCUUUAAAUAUAAAUCAAGUCUUGUUACGCAUGAAAGAAUUCACAUUAGAGAGAAAUUAUAUUCAUGUUCAGAAUGUGGGAAAUGUUUUACACAGAAAGUAGAUCUUUUUACACAUGAGAGAAUUCACACAGGAGAGAAGCCAUAUUCAUGUUCAGAAUGUGGGAAGUGCUUUACACAGAAAUCAAAUCUUGUCACACAUAAGAGAAUUCACACAGGAGAGAAGCCAUAUUCAUGUUCAGGAUGUGGAAAAUGUUAUAGAAAUAAAUCAACUCUUGUUAAACAUGAGAGAAUUCACACAGGUUUCAAGCCAUAUUCAUGUUCAGAAUGUGGGAAAUGUUUUGCAGAUAAAUCAGAUCUUGUUAAACAUGAAAGAUCCCACACAGGAGAAAAGCCAUAUCAUUGUUCAGAAUGUGGGAAAUGUUUUUCAGUUAAAUCAAAUCUUGUUAAACAUGAAAGAAUUCACACAGGAGAGAAACCAUAUUCAUGUUCAGAAUGUGGCAAAUGUUAUGCGGAUAAAUCUGAUCUGGUUACACAUGAGAGAACUCACACAGGAGAGAAGCCAUAUUCAUGUUCAGAAUGUGGAAAAUGUUUUUCAGUUAAAUCAAAUCUUGUUAAACAUGAGAGAAUUCACACAGGAGAGAAACCAUAUUCAUGCUCUGAAUGUGGGAAAUGUUUUACAGAAAAAUCAUAUCUUGUCACACAUGAGAGAAGUCACACUGGAGAGAAGCCAUAUUCAUGUUCAGAAUGUGGGAAAUGUUUUGCAGAUAAAUCACAUCUUGUUACACAUGAAAGAACUCACACAGGAGAAAGGCCGUAUUCAUGCUCAGAAUGUGGAAAUAGUUUUACGCAGAAAUCAAGUCUUGUUACUCAUGAGAGAAUUCAUACAGGAGAGAAACCAUAUUUAUGUUCACAUUGUGGAAGAUGUUUUACAGAUAAAGCUCAUCUUGUUAACCACAAAAGAUCCCACACAGGAGAAAAGCCAUAUCCUUGUUCAGAAUGUGGGAAAUGUUUUACAAGUAAAUCAUAUCUUGUUACUCAUGUGAGAAUUCACACAGGAGAGAAGCCAUAUGCAUGUUCAGAAUGUGGGAAAUGUUAUGCAGGUAAAUCUGAACUGGUUAGGCACAAAAGAUUCCACACAGGAGAAAAGCCAUAUUCAUGUUCAGAAUGUGGGAAAUGUUUUGCAGUUAAAUCACGUCUUGUUAAUCAUGAGAGAAUUCACACAGGAGAGAAACCAUAUUCAUGUUCAGAAUGUGGGAAAUGUUUUACACAAAAAUCAUAUCUUGUCACACAUGAGAGAAGUCACACUGGAGAGAAACCAUAUUCAUGUUCAGAAUGUGGGAAAUGUUUUGUAGGUAAAUCACAUCUUGUUAAUCAUGAGAGAAGUCACACAGGAGAGAGACCGUAUUCAUGCUCAGAAUGUGAAAAUUGUUUUGCACAAAGAUGCAAUCUUGUCAGACAUAGGAGAAUUCACACAGGAGAGAAGCCAUAUUCAUGUUCAGAAUGUGGCAAUUUCUUUUCAAAUAAAUCAUAUCUUAUUUUACAUAAGAGAAAUCACACAGGAGAGAAGCCAUAUUCAUGUUCAGAAUGUGGGAAAUGUUUUGCACAUAAAUCAAAUCUUGUUACACAUGAGAGAAGUCACACAGGAGAGAAGCCGUAUUCAUGUUCAGAAUGUGGGAAAUGUUUUGCACAUAAAUCAUAUCUUGUUAGACAUAAGAGAAGUCACACAGGAGAGAGGCCGUAUUCAUGCUCAGAAUGUGGAAAAUGUUUUAUAAAUAAAUCAACUCUUGUUAAACAUGUACGAAUUCACACAGGGGAGAAACCAUAUUCAUGUUCAGAAUGUGGGAAAUGUUUUACACAGAAAUCAAGUCUUGCUACACAUGAGAGAAUUCACACAGGAGAGAAACCAUAUUCAUGUUCAGAAUGUGGGAAAUGUUUUAUAAUUAAAGCACAUCUCGUUAUGCAUGAGAGAAUUCACACAGGAGAGAAGCCAUAUUCAUGUUCAGAAUGUGGGAAAUGUUUUAGACAAAGAUCCAAUCUUGAUACACAUAAGAGAAGUCACAUAGGAGCGAAGCCAUAUUCGUGUUCAGAAUGUGGGAAAUGUUUUACAAAUAAAUCAAGAAUUGUUAAACAUGAGAAAAUUCACACAGGAGAGAAACCAUAUUCAUGUUCAGAAUGUGGAAAAUGUUUUACAGCUAAAUCAAAUCUCAUUACACAUGUGAGAAUUCACACAGGAGAGAAGCCAUAUUCAUGUUCAGAAUGUGGUAAAUGUUUUACACAUAAAUCAAGUCUUGAUCAACAUAUGCAAACUCACACAGGAGAGGUGUAAUGUUUUCUAUUUCUCUGCUUUUAAAACAGAUAGUGAUACCUCAUAAAAUAUUUAUUGCUUAACAUUCCUCAUAUGUCUACUUUUAUGUUGCUAUUAUUUUGAAGAUGCCAUUUUAUAUUUUAGGAUGUAAGAAAGCGUAGAAUUUUAGAAGUAACUCUUAACAUUUUAAAGAAAAUUUCCAAAACCCACUUUAAGGUUCAGUUCUAAUGUUACUUUGUGGGGCUUACAUAGUGAAAACCACCCAUAAAUGACCCUAUUUUAGAAACUGCACCUUUCAUGUAAUUCAAAACUGAUUUUACAAAUUUUGUUAACCCUUUAGGUAUUCCACAAGAAUUAAAGGAAAAUGGAGAUGAAAAUUUAAUUUCAAUCCAUUAUUUCCUGUCACAUAGCAAGGGUUAACAGCCAAACAAAACUCAAUAUAUAUUACCCUGAUUCUACAGUUUACAGAAACAUGUGGUGGUAAACUGCUGU